AUGGACUCUGCAGCUCCAAACCUGCUGAACAUCCCUGCUGUCAGGGUGUUGACAAUGGUCUCUGCCUCCUGGUCAGGCGAUCCACUUCUGACACCAAUGGAAUUUCAACCUCUCCCAAAAGGAAACCAAGUUCUUAACUUCUCUGAUGCUGAGCAGCUGGUGGAUGAUGCUAAGCUAAAGGAGAGCAGGGAUGAGGUGCUGGAGCAUGAGCUGAUGAUCUCUGACCGCCAUCAGAAGAAGGAGAUAAGACAGCUGGAACAGGAGCUACCACGCUGGCAGGUCCUGGUGGACAGCAUCACAGGGAUGAACUCUCCAGACUUUGACAACCAGACACUGGCAGCGCUGAGAGGCCGGAUGGUUCGCUACCUUAUGAGGUCACGAGAGAUCACCCUGGGCAGAGCCACCAAGGACAAGCAGAUCGAUGUAGAUCUGUCUCUGGAAGGACCUGCCUGGAAGAUCUCCAGGAAACAAGGGAUCAUUAAACUAAAGAACAACGGAGACUUCUUCAUAGCCAACGAAGGCCGCAGGCCCAUCUACAUAGACAGCAGACCAGUCUUGUCUGGCUACAAGUGGAAACUCAACAAUAACUCUGUGGUGGAGUCUUCGUUUUGUAUUCCUGAUCAACCAGCAGCUGAUCUCACUCAUCAAGGCAGAAGCAGCUAAGAUGAACCAGCAGUGAGAGAGAGAGAGAGAGAGCUGUGCUGCCUCAGUGGAGCAGAGGCCAAGGCACAUGCCUUUGUCUACUGCCCAGCCAGCUCCUACAUACAGAGCAAUGAGGUCCACAUGAAGGAGCACAGACUUGAAUGA